AAAGUGUGACGUGUGUGAUCACGAGCAGAAAGAAUCUCCUUCCAACUAUGCAAACAAAAGUCAUCCUUCUUUCUUCACUAAUAAUAACAAUCUCCUCCAUAAAGAUUUCCAAUUCUCAUCUAUCAACAAACAACAAGAAAAUUAUGUGGUUUCACUCGUUUUGUUUCCAUUUGUAAAAUCACCGUCACCCCAUCUCCAACCUCAUAUGUCUACUUUUGUCCCUUUUCCCUCCAUUUAUGUGAUUCUGAUCAUACCUUUAUCCCCUCCAUUUUUGUCUCUUUUUUCAAGAAUAUUUCUUCAAAAUUCUAAAUUCUUCAAGUAUAAACCUUGAUCUCACAUAAAUCUUUUGUUGGGUUUCUUUGAAAUCAUCUUUUGGUUCUGGGUUUUUCUUGUUUUGCAAUAAAGUUUGCAUCUUUGCUCUGAUCAUCCAAAAUAUGUACAACUCUUGGUUGUUUCUUGAAUUGCAAUUUUUCAAAGAAAUUUCAUAAAUUCUCAUUUGGGAUUCUUAAAAAUUAACUUUUGAUUUUGGGUUUUUCUUGUUUUGCAAUAAAGUUUGCAUCUUUGCUCUGAUCAUCCAAAAUAAGUACAACUCUUGGUUGUUUCUUGAAUUGUAAAUUGUCAAAAAAAAAAAAAAAAAAAAUCAUAAAUUCUCAUUUGGGAUUCUUCAAAAUCAACUUUUGGUUUUGGGUUUUUCUUGUUUUAGCAUAAAGUUUGCAUCUUUGCUCCAAUCUUCUAAUAUUAACUCAUAUCUUCUGUUAUUUUUGUGCUUGAUCAGUUUUCUUGAAGCCUCAUUAGGGUUUGUUGAACAUCAAUCCUAUUGGGUUAUUUUUUUUUUUUAUAAAAUUAGCAUAUAAUCCUCUGGUUCUAUAAAAUUUUGUUUUUGGUUCUUGAAGUAUAAAUACUCAAAAUUUCACUUUAAUAAUUUAAUUCUCAACAAAAUCCCAAAUCCUCAAUUGGGUUUCUUGAAAAUCAUUUUCUGUUUGUGGGUUUUUCUUGAAUUGUAAUAAAGUUACAAUUUUUCACUUUAAUAGUUUAAUUCUCAACAAAAUCCCAAAUCCUCAAUUGGGUUUCUUGAAAAUCAUUUUUUCUUUGUGGGUUUUUCUUGAAUUGCAAUAAAGUUACAAUCUUUAUCAUAAUCUUCUUGUUUUAACCAAUAAAAAUUUAAUCUUUUUAUUAAUCUUUGCAAUGCCUCCUUCAUAUUUCCCAUUAAGAUGGGAAAGCACAGGUGAUCAAUGGUGGUAUGCAUCACCAAUUGAUCUAGCAGCAGCCAAUGGCCACUAUGAUCUAGUCAGAGAGCUUCUUCAUUUCGACACAAAUCUUUUAAUCAAAUUAACCUCCCUUCGCCGCAUAAGGCGGUUGGAGACCGUGUGGGACGACGAAGAACAGUUUGUUGACGUGGCGAAAAACCGAUCAAAAGUGGCGAAAAAACUGCUCCUCGAAGGCGAACCGAAAAACGGACAUGGUGAUGGUCAUAACUCAUUGAUAAGAGCUGGAUAUGGUGGCUGGCUUCUUUACACAGCUGCAUCAGCUGGUGAUUUAGAGUUUGUUAAACAACUGUUGAAGAGGGACCCACUUCUUGUUUUUGGUGAAGGGGAGUAUGGUGUUACUGAUAUAUUGUAUGCUGCUGCAAGGAGUAAGAACAGUGAGGUUUUUCAGGUGUUGGUUGACUUUUCUUUGUGGUCAAAGGUGGAGAAUGUUGGGUCUGUUUUUAAAUUGGAGAUGAUGAAUAGGGCUGUUCAUGCUGCUGCUAGAGGUGGAAGUCUUGAAAUCUUGAAGCAGUUUGUUGAAGAUUGUGGUGAUGUUUUGAUGUAUAGAGAUGUGCAGGGGAAUAGUUUGUUGCAUUCAGCUUCUGGGAGAGGUCAAACUCAGGUUGUGAAGUAUUUACUCGAAUCACAUGAUAUAAUCAACUCAACAGACGGUCAAGGCAACACAGCGUUACACGUAGCUGCGUAUAACGGUCACUUACCUGUGGUCGAGCUUUUAAUCUCAUCAUCUCCGGCGUUAAUCACAUCAACAAACAACUACGGCGACACUUUUCUUCACACAGCAGUCGCCGGAUUCAAGACACCAGGGUUCCGGCGAGUUGACCAGCAGAUAGACCUCAUGAAACAUCUAGUGAGCGGAAAGAUCGUAAACAUCGAAGAUAUUAUUAACGUUAAGAACAACGAUGGUCGAACGGCUCUUCACAUUGCUAUAAUCGAGAACAUCCAUUUGGAUUUGGUGGAACUCCUUAUGACCGUUAGAUAUAUCGACUUGAAUAUCCGAGACGUUGAUCGGAUGACCCCGCUUGAUCUCCUAAAACAACAGCCGAUAUCAGCCUCUUCCGAGAUCCUCAUCAAGAGGCUGAUAUCGGCUGGUGGGAUAUCGAAUUAUAACGAUUAUAUGGCGAGGACUGCCCUCGCGUCCCAUUUGAGAACACACGGGCUUGGGGGCAGUCCCGGAACUUCAUUCAGAGUUCCGGACUCCGAGAUCAUCUUUUACAUAUGUGCGGAUAACGAUAGGGAGUCGUCGAUGUAUUCGGGUGAACUGAGUCACGUUGGCUCACCCGUCCGGUCAAACUCGGGGUCAAACAACUGGGAACACGGGUCUAGUGCCGCUAGACGGUUAAAGCUUCUUUUCAAAUGGGCCCAAAGGAAAAAAGACAAUGAUCAAGAUUCCGUAGAUUCGUUCCAUUUAAAGAAAGUUAAUCUCGAAAACAGGCCCGUUUCAAUUCGAGAAAGGUACAUGAAAAGCUCGUUGUCGAAUAGCAAACGGGUGUUUGGGCCUAGCCCGUCAACAAAGAAGAAGUUUUCCGCCGGGCUAAGCCACGGCGUCCUACAAGUCCGCUCCCCGUCAAGCCAGUUUUCAGGGUCAUCUUGGUCUUCGGGCUCAGGAGACGAUGAUGACGAACUUAGGCCCGCAAAUGUUCGAACCAAGAACUAUAGCUCGGGCCCGUUGGAUAACCAUGGAAGACCAAAGUCUAUGAUUAGGCCCACAAUGGAUGGAACCAAGAACUAUGUACGGUCUAGCUCGGGCCCAUUGGAUAGCCAUGGAAAGCCGAAGUUCCAUAGACGACAAUCUUCGUUGAGCAAGGUUUUGAUGAAUGAAGUGUUUUGUUUCGGGUCACAGGGUAUAGCCGUUGAAGAUUCGGUUAAGCGCCCAAACCCAUCGAAGUUACGUUAGUUCAACGGUUUGAACUAUUUUUAUUUAUAGACAUCGUUGAUGAUUUGAUAACUUAUGUUCGGAUUGGGCUCAGUGUUUGGGCUUAGGCUCAUUUGUGGUCCGGCCCAUUGGGCCUAACCCAGCCCACUUCUUUUUUCUGAUAUAGAAAAUGAAUGUAUCUUAUAUAAAUCCCAUUACUAUGAUAUAUAUCCUGUUUUCUUGAUAAAUAGCCACUGAACUUGCGAGAAA